UGAUUAUCCUGUUGUCCCUGGUGUCAUAUCACAGAGAUCUGAGCUCUUCAGAAAUAACCAGAAAACAACCUCUCAGGAAGGUGGAAUAUGUCCCUCCCCCUCCCACUCAUUCUGCUUCUCCUGAUAAUUCUCUCUGAAAUUAUCCUGAGUUGAAGAUUCACCUUUAACCCAAUAUUAGUGUUGAUUUAAUCAGCCACAUGGACAAGUGCUAAAAGGUUAUGCAAAGUUAUCGAGGAAAAUGAAGAGCUCACACCCAAUUUUUGCAAACACACUUUACAUGAAGAUUGAACUUCUUUAAAGAAAGAUAACCAAUUAGCGCCAAAAUGAAUUACACAUUGUUUCCCUCUUUUUUCAAUGAAUCAUUUCUUAACCAUACAGACACCCACCCCCCAUAUGCACCCAUUGAAGAGAAUAAAUGCCGUGUACCAGUAACCAUGGUAUUUACAAUGGCAUUAGCUUAUGGCAUUGUCAUACUUCUGGGGGUCUCUGGAAAUCUGGCCUUGAUAGGAAUCAUCCUAAAGCAAAAGGAGCUGAGAAAUGUGACCAACAUUCUGAUUGUUAAUCUGUCCCUUUCUGACCUUCUGGUAUCAUUUGUAUGUCUGCCCUUCACUUUUGUCUACACAUUAAUGGAUCACUGGAUCUUUGGUGAGGCCAUGUGCAAACUAAAUCCUUUUGUGCAAUGUGUCUCGAUCACUGUCUCCAUUUUCUCUCUGGUUCUCAUUGCUUUGGAACGCCAUCAGCUUAUAGUCAACCCCCGAGGAUGGAGACCAUCUAAUAUCCAUGCAUUUUUAGCAAUUGCCCUGAUCUGGUUCCUCUCUGUGGCUGCCUCCCUGCCUUUUGUGAUUUAUCAGGUGCUGACUGAUGAGCCAUUCCACAAUGUCACUGUCCCAACCUUCAAGGACAAGUAUGUUUGUUUCGAUCUGUUCCCUUCUAAUGUGCACAGGCUAUCUUACACCACUAUUCUGUUGGUGCUGCAGUACUUUGGGCCUCUGGUGUUCAUUCUGGUCUGCUACCUCAAGAUCUAUAUUCGCCUGAAGAAGAGGAAUGACAUGAUGGAUAGGAUCAGAGAGAACAAGCAUAGAGCCCAGGAAGCCCGACGGAUCAAUGUAAUGCUUUUCUCUAUUGUGGUGGCCUUUGCCAUCUGCUGGAUGCCUCUGACCAUCUUUAACACAGUGUUUGACUGGAACCACAAGUUGAUCUCCAUCUGCCACCACAACCUGCUGUUCCUCCUGUGCCACCUGACAGCGAUGAUUUCCACCUGUGUCAACCCUGUGUUCUAUGGGUUCCUUAACAAGAAUUUCCAGAAAGAUUUGCAGGCUCUCUUUCGCUUCUGUGAUUUCAGGUCCCGUAAUGAAGACUACGAGACCAUCGCGAUGUCCACCAUGAAUACGGAUGACUCCAAGACAUCUCAUAGGCAAGCCGGUGGUGAGGCCUCCCAGGCUCCCGGGGAGGAAGAAGAAGUCUGAAGAGGAUCUGAAGUGGGUGAGGGUUACAGAACCCAGGUGACAGCUGUUUUAACACCAAGCACAACCUGUCACACAAUUCUGUAACCCUCUCCUCCUCUAGGAUGUAUGGCUUUGCCUAUAUUGUCUUGCUGUUUUAGUUGUGGCUCUGCUUGCAGAAAGAUCAAA